AUCAUGGACAAAUCUAAAGAAAACUGCGUCGCAGGGCCUGUUAAGACCACAAUUCCCCUUGGCGAUGGUCCAAAACGUGUUCCAGUGACUCAGCAAUUUCCUUCUCAGAAUCUGUUAUCUGCAAAUAGUGGCCAGGCUCAGCGGGUCUUGUGUCCUUCAAAUUCCUCCCAGCGAAUUCCUUCACAAACACAAAAGCUCGUCUCCAGCCAUAAACCGGUCCAGAAUCUGAAGCAAAAGCAACUACAGGCAACCAGUGUCCCUCGUUCUGUCUCUAGGCCGCUGAAUAAUACCCAAAAGAGUGAGCAGCCCUUGCCAUCGGCCAUCAAAAUUUUUCCUAGAAGGCAGUGGGCUUUGGAAGAUUUUGAAAUCGGUCGCCCGCUGGGUAAAGGAAAGUUUGGUAAUGUUUAUUUGGCGAGAGAAAAACAAAGCAAGUUUAUCCUGGCUCUUAAAGUAUUAUUUAAAGCUCAGCUGGAGAAAGCGGGAGUCGAGCAUCAGCUGAGAAGAGAAGUAGAAAUACAGUCCCACCUCAGGCAUCCAAAUAUUCUCAGACUGUAUGGUUAUUUCCAUGACGCCACCAGAGUUUACCUAAUUCUAGAAUAUGCACCUCUUGGAGCUGUCUACCGAGAACUUCAGAAACUGUCCAAGUUUGAUGAGCAGAGAACUGCUACUUAUAUCACGGAGUUGGCAGAUGCCCUGUCUUAUUGUCACUCAAAGAGAGUCAUUCAUAGAGACAUUAAGCCAGAGAACCUGCUCCUCGGUUCAGCUGGAGAGCUUAAGAUUGCAGAUUUUGGAUGGUCGGUACAUGCCCCAUCCUCCAGGAGAACCACCCUCUGUGGCACCUUGGACUACUUGCCUCCAGAGAUGAUUGAAGGCCGAAUGCACGACGAGAAGGUGGAUCUCUGGAGCCUUGGGGUACUCUGCUAUGAAUUUCUAGUUGGGAAGCCUCCAUUUGAGGCGAGCACAUACCAAGAGACCUACAAAAGAAUAUCGCGGGUUGAAUUCACAUUCCCUGACUUUGUUCCGGAGGGAGCCAGGGACCUCAUCUCAAGACUGUUGAAACAUAAUCCCAGCCAAAGACCGACUCUCAAAGAAGUACUUGAACACCCUUGGGUCACGGCAAAUUCAUCAAAACCAUCAGGUAGCCAAAAAAGCAAAGAAUCAACCGGCAAACAAUCUUAA